GAUUCCAUCACCAAACGAUCUUCAUCUCCAUUCAGCUCUGGAAUACAAACGAAAAAACAGCUCCUGGUGGAUUGCGAUCAUUGAACACCACUGAAACAUCUUUCUGGAUACGGUCUACCCAAUCGCUUGCCGUAUGUCAGCUGAUCCCUCCCGUGUCACCGAAGUUCUCGAGCAAGGGUCAUUGGCUCGCGAAGAUCUCAGACGCCAUUUUCUAGACCUUCCAAGUUACUCGGCCUCGUAAUCGGAGGGCCACUCAAUAUGGCGGGUCAGCGGCCGCUUGAUGUCUUGCCACAAGUGGUCAAUGAUGUGUUGGUCACCGUAGCCAAGGCCUUCAGAUCUGGCCGACGAGAUGGCAAGGGGAACCCCGCCGCGGCCUCCGCGGCCAUAAAGGCGCGCAUUCCUCCUGCUAUUGAGAAGUUCAACUGUGCACUGGACGAAUUGGAGUGUGAGCUUCUCAUCUGCAAGGCGGUCCUCGAGCGAGACCUAAGGCAACUGAGAGCAAGCCGGCAACCACCGCCGCCAGAGCCAAAGCAGAUUGCUCCCCCUGCACCGAUGGUCAUCGACUUUGAUUCCGCGAAUAUGCCGACAAUGGACCCUUUUGCAGGCUUGGCGGGACAUCCUCAGCCCGCGACGCAGACCAACAGGCCGGUCGCCCCGUUCCCAAACAUGGGUUUUGAUCCCGCAUCGCCUGAGGUGGCGGGAGUUCCUAACCCCAAGACGAUCCCUAAGCUCAAGGAUGGUAAUGCCCUAAAUCGACCGGCCAUUACUGCCACCGCUGCCGCUGUAGCAACGGGCAGUCCUGCUAGCACGCCCCCGAAGAGAGACGCCAAAGCCCCGGCGCACCAGGUACCCAGACCGGUUGUCGUAGCGACGGCUCCGCAGACGCCUCUGCACCAUCAAACGCAAGUCAAAUCAGCCUCUGUUCCAGUAUUAAACAGACAGGCACCUACACCAACUCCUGGCAAUGCCCCAGGCCAACUUUCGACGGCCACUUCUACCCCAGCAUCCAGUGGAAACGAGAAGCUCUUCACCGACAUGACGUUCUCGGUUGCGCCUCCCUCUGGCGACGCACAGGCCCAGACGCAACGAAGGGCAUCACAGCAAUCACUGCAACCGCCAGCGACUCACACGCCGAACGCGGAAGCCGGGCAUGUGCCAAACCUGAACGUGGACCAGUUCCUGGGAGGUCCAGCGGAUGUGGCCAACAUGGGACUAGGAAUCGUCCAGGGUGACAAAGCCGGGGAGAACGCCAACACGGCCGACGUCGAUGACAAGAUCAACGGCCUCUUCGAUCUGGGGCCCGGGAGCAUCGAAAACAUGGACCUUGAAUACGACAUGGGCAACGGAGAUAACAGCAACUUCAACGACAUGUACUUUGCCGGGGGCGAGAGUAACAGCGGGGCUGGCGAGUUUGACGAUGCAUUUUUCAACCUGAAUGGGUGAUCGGGUGAUCCGGGACAUGGUAGGGAGGGUUUACCAGCUGCCGUUAUGUGGCAGGAGUUUCGGGCACAUGGGAUAUAUAUGGUCUAGGUAGAUACCAUUUUGGCUUUGGAACAGUCGGAAGAUGCUGGCAA